AUGGUUGAAAGCCUCCCUUAUGUGAGGCGGUACGAGGUAAAAGCUCAGAUAGCUCGUCGGGCGGGAUGUGGUGAUGCAUCCGAGGAUGAAGAUGGAUGGGCAGCCAUUCAUGUUCGGACAGUUGUUGAGGAUGAGAAGCCGUGGGCUAUCCGACUUGGCGAGAAUGCAAGCUGGGGCAAAUGCAAGGUGAAAUGUGAAAUGCAAGAACAAGUCAGUGGAGUAAUCAGCAGCUGCCUCAUGAAUUUGCCAACUGUUGGCACCUAUCAAUGA